CAGUAUAAAUUUAAAACAUUUUUGUCAGCAUGAUGUUCCAUCUUGAUUUGUAUAAAGGUGCAUAAGACAUUUUGUACACUAUCAGUGGUUUUCGUAUUAGAUUUCGAGAUGUUCCUUGCAGCAAGAAAAUGGUGGUCAAAUCAAACGAAACUAAAGCCCGAAAAGGAUGCAUUCUUCAUUUUGGACUACUUUCUAGUAGUUUCUGGUAUACAACUUCGAAGCAGGAACAAUUACUUACGAGCGGCGUGGAAUGUCUAUCGAAUGCUCAUUGUAAUGCAAGUCAUCCUGAUAGCCAGGAAAAUCUGGAGCAUUUUCCAGACCGAAGACAACUUCCAACUAAUUUCCAAUAGCUUGCACAUGUGCGUCGGAUUUUCCAUAAUUUUUACUCGAAUCUUUUUCAUAGUGAGAAGCUUCAAACAAGUGAAUGGUGUCCGAUGGUUUGUCAAUCAGAGAAAAUUCAGAGCAGAUGAUCCUGCUGCAUUUGCCAUUCGCCAACGUACCUAUGCCAAUACGAUCAACAUUACAAUCGCUAUGAUUCUGAACUGCUUCGUGCAAACUGUGAUAGUACUGUUCACUGAUCUUGCAAACUCUGAGUCAUUACAAUUGCCAUUCUACCUCACAGGAGUCAGUUCGUUGGAGAAUAAUCUACUGGAAAAGAUACAUUCCGGUAUGUUUUCAGUGUACGUUUACUUUGCAUCGACCAACUUUUUGGCUGUGUUUCUACCGUUGUCGACGCUGAAGGCAGAAAUGGAAGUGGUUGGAGAUGCGUUCGAUAAAAUCAUGGACCACGUUGAUGUACGAAUGGCCGCGCUAGAAUUAAACGAAAUUGACGAAAUUCGAGAAGAACAGUUUUGGAAAAUCCUACAAGAGGAGUUGACGCAAUGUUUCAUCGCACACACCGCAGUGCUGGACAAAGUGAAGGAUUUGAAGAAACUGACGGACCCAACCUUCCUGAUGCUGUACUACAUGACUAUGCUGUUCAUAGCAGUGGGUGUAAUGGCGGUGCUGUUCUCUCCGCAAUUCGAUAGCUUCAACACGUUGUCUUUGGAAUACUCUUUCCGCUACACGCUUGAGUGCUACUCUUUUUGCUACGUCGUUUCGAGAUUCAAUGAAGAGGUAGGAAAGAAUGUCAGAAUUUAUCCUGGGUUAAUUUCCCUUUUCAAUUCCAACAGCACAACGGCAUUGUCAACAAGUUGUCCCACUUCCAUUGGGGAGUUGAUUUGAGAUACAGCAAACGAUUUGCAAGGGAAUACAAAAAGGUUCGAUCGAUGAUGCUGAUGAUCAUCAUGCAGUCGCAGAAAAGCUUGAACUUCAGCUGUGGUGGCCUGUUCGAAUUGACCAUGGGAAGCUUUACCUCGAUCAUCAACAAGACCUACACACUUACUACGUACUUCUGGAACAUAAAGCAACGAACAUAAAAAUUGUUUAACCUUGCUACUGC